AGUACGUUUUGAGUUGUGCUUCGCGACGGUUGGUGAUCUUAAAAGUGCUCCGAACACGAACAGUGCCCGCAGUCUCUCGGUUUUUGGUGUUAUUUUUUGUAGCUCUGCAUCUGUAUCUGUAUCUGUAUCUCGAUCGGCUCCAACCCGCUGCAUCCGUAACUCUCCCCCCCUAGUGUGUUGCUGUGUGUGUGCGCGUGUGUGUGUGAGCGAGAGUGCUAAGCUUUUUGCUCGCACAUCUAACGGUUGCCAAAGUGUGCGUAUCGCUGCCUUAACUUGAACUAUGGGUCGCAUGUUCGUGUGCGUCUAAUAAAUAUAUUUAAAAAUAAGCAUUUCGACAUACCGUCGUGGAAAUUAUGUGACACACACCACAAACACACAUAUACCAGAUCCCAACAAGCACGUCCCAUUCAUUCGCGCGUUAAUAUUAAAAAGCCAUCCGAGUGCCAAAAGCAACGAAGCGAGCAAUAAUUGUGAUUAAUAACAACGAAACAAACGAAUUUCGACCGCAAAUUAGCCGCAUAAGGCCAUUCAAAUAGCAAUAGUCCAGCCAGGUGCACUCACUGAACGGCACCCAAACGGUGAUUACCUCAUCUGUGUCAGCGCUCCGCCAGCAAAAUGGUAUCAAAAAGCAAUAAAAAGAAACAAGUGUCUCAGCAGCAGCAGUCGUCUACGUCGCCGCCGCCAGCCACAUCGACCACAACAUCAACGUCGUCGGCCGAGGCCACGAAGCUAACCAAAAAACUGGGUCCCGAUGCGUUCGCCACUCUGACCACCAGCAACAGCUCCAGUUCCAUGCAGCACGAAUCGGUGACGUACGGUGGUGAUCCUGUCGGGCCGAGCACUUCGGGUGCUUCUCUGCCAGCGGCUGGAGUUAGGAGCUACAGCAGCCGCAGCAGCCAGAGCAAGAGCAAGGCAUCGCAGUCGCAUUCCUCCUACACAGAGCAAUCUCAGUCCCAGCUGCAGUCCGAGCAGUACAGCAGCAAGAUCUCGCGGGAUUAUGCCAAUCAGAAGAUCAUAUCAUCGAUUGAUCUGCUCGAAAGUGAAAAGAAGGAGCCAGUAUUCUCGGUGCCCAUCGAUGUGGUGGAGAUCGCAACGCCAACGCUCUCCGUCUCCGCCAGCGGGGGCAGUGUUUCGAAAAUGUUCACGUCCUCGUCGAUGUCUUCCAGUCAACAGCAGCAGCAGGCCAGUAGCUCCAGCUCGUACUUUGAAGCCACAACCAGUUCCAGCCGGAGCGCUAACGAAACGCUGAUUGCCAGCGAGAGAGCCGACACGGCUACCGGUAUGACAUCAUCCGGGCCGAGGAAACAGGUUGGCUUCGAUACAGACACCAAGACAGUGACAAACGCCACCACCAGCAACAGCAACAGCAGCAGCAGCAGCACAAGCACAAACAUCAACAUCAACACCAGCGGCAGCCGCAGCAGCAAUUUGAGCGAAUCUCAGAGCGUGCCAAAGCUGCCAAUGAGCGGAACAGCUGAUGCUCCCGCAUCGGUGACGUCGCAAGGCUACCCCGAACCGGUUGCCGCGUCGUCUGGCGCGACCACAACAAAGGCGACGUCAUCGACGCGACGCAACGAUAAACUGGAAGUGGCCAGUGCUAAAACAGCUGUUGAUAGAGCUACGUCAUCGUCGUCGAUGGUCGACCAAAGGUCCACCAAAGAGGUUAGCGAGAGUUCAGUCUUGAAAAGCUCCACCAGCAGCAAGCAGUCAAAGUCGUCGUCCAAGAAAGAGGUGUACGAUGUGAAGACCAAAACCUGGACGGAGUACAGCGAUGGCAGUUCUCAUGGCCCGAGUAAGACCCGGCCGACCUUUGAGCGUUAUGUCAGCAAGGAAUCCGAUGGCACAUCCAAAGUGACGUACAAGAAGAAAAUCUACGACAGACGCAACAAUCGGUGGCGCGUGGUGGACGAACGGACGGUGGAUAGCACCGCCGACACGGGCUAUCCCGAAAUAGUCGAUGAUGUCAUUAACACAACAAGAACCACAUACACCACCAAGGUGUACGACACGAAGCUCGGCAAGUGGACUGUUGUGGACGAGAAGUCGUUCACUGAUACGAAAGCUUUUGUGCCCAAUGACAUUGCUCGUGAAAUCGAGAAAGAUAAUACCGAUGUUGCAAACAUAACGACUACAACGGAGGUGACGAAGAUUUUCGAUGCGAGCAUCAACGACUGGCGCGUUCUGGACGAGAAGGUGCACACGGAUGUUAUUGAGAAGAUCGUAGAGGCUCCCAAGAAGACCAUUUACGUGGACGAGUUUGUGGAGAUUGAGAAGAACACAUCGAUAUCGGAGAACAACGAAAACAUAACACUGAACUUGAAGGAGACAUCGAAACACAAAAAUAUUACCGAAAAUAUUUAUGAUGAAAUCGAUUAUGUGCGCACUGAUAAGCAACGCCUGAACGACUCAAGAACACGUGGAGUUGCAAAAAACAAGUCAACAACACAUAGUGAAAGAUGCAUUUGUGAAAUCUGCACAUGCGGGCGGCACCAUUGCUCAAGCAGUACAACGAAGUCUACGGAAAAUACGGUUAUUCAAACUGAAGAUAACGUUGACGAAGCAUAUACAAGGAUACGUACAAAUACAUGGUCGAAAGAAGAUAAUGGAAACAUUCCCAAGCAAAACGAAGACAUUCUAGUGGACUAUAUAGUCAUUAAGAAGCCAGAAGACAACUUAAGACCUGAGGGAGACUUUAUAGUUCCUCCGAAGGAGCCAUACAAGCCGGGAGAAAAACGUGAAAAGAUUGUGCAUACCGACAACCUUCGUACAGAAGGAGAAAUGACUUUUGUGGAGAAGGAGGAAUACCAAUAUACAGUUCGUCCGGGAUACGUUAAGCCUACAGACAAUCUAAAGCCGGAAGGCGAGUUUUACAGUCCAGAAAAACCUAAGUAUCAACCAGGAGAUCGGCCAUCUCAAGUGCGACACCAAGACAAUCUAAAACCAGAAGGCGAAUUUUACACGCCUGAGAAACCAGGAUACGCUCCAGCCGAUCGUCCCACACAAAAAAGGCCGGUGGAUAACCUCAAGCCGGAGGGAGAAUUUGUUUCACCAGAAAAACCCAAAUAUACCCCAGCCGAAAGACCAGAAAAAAUAAUAAGAAGUGAUAACUUGAGAACUGAAGGUGAAAUGACAUUUGUGGAGAAAGAGGAAUAUCAAUAUGUCACACGACCGGGACAAGUCAAGCCAACGGAUAACUUAAGACCAGAGGGUUCAUUUUAUAGUCCUGAAAAGGCAAAGUAUCGCCCUGGCGAACGUCCAUCUCAAGUGCGUCCAGUUGAUAAUCUUAAACCAGAAGGUGACUUUUAUACACCCGAAAGACCAGGAUUUGAAUCUGCAGAAAGGCCAGUUCAAAAAAAACCGGAGGACAAUCUAAAGCCAGAUGGGGAAUUCGUACGGCCAGAGAAACAAGUUUACAAGCCGGCCGAUAAAACUGAAAGAAUUAUUCGAAAAGAUAAUCUUCGUACGGAAGGAGAAAUGACGUUUGUAGAGAGAGAAGAAUAUCACUAUGUGGUACGUCCUGACCAGGUUAAACCAUUGGACAAUCUUAAGCCUGAGGGAGAAUUCUACAGUCCCGAGAAACCCAAGUACAAGCCCGGCGAAAGACCUUCCCAAGUUAGACCAGAAGAUAAUCUGAGGCCAGAGGGUGAAUUCUACACACCGGAAAAGCCAGGAUUCAGGCCAGCUGAAAGACCAGUACAGAAAAAACCACAGGACAACUUAAAGCCGGAAGGCGAAUUCGUGAAGCCUGAGAAACAAGUUUACAGGCCGGCCGAUAAAACGGAAAGAAUUAUUCGGAAAGAUAAUCUUCGUACGGAAGGAGAAAUGACGUUUGUAGAGAGGGAAGAAUAUCAAUAUGUGGUACGACCUGACCAGGUUAAACCAUUGGACAAUCUUAAGCCUGAGGGAGAAUUCUACAGUCCGGAGAAACCCAAGUACAAGCCCGGCGAAAGACCUUCCCAGGUUAGGCCAGAAGAUAAUUUAAGGCCAGAGGGUGAAUUCUACACACCGGAAAAGCCAGGAUUCAGGCCCGCUGAGAGGCCAGAGCAAAAGAAACCAGAGGACAACCUGAAACCCGAGGGCGAAUUCUACAGUCCCGAGAAACCCAAGUACAAGCCCGGCGAAAGACCUUCCCAAGUUAGACCAGAAGAUAAUCUGAGGCCAGAGGGUGAAUUCUACACACCGGAAAAGCCAGGAUUCAGGCCAGCUGAAAGACCAGAGCAAAAGAAACCAGAGGACAACCUGAAACCCGAGGGAGAAUUCUACAGUCCGGAGAAACCUAAGUACAAGCCCGGCGAAAGACCUUCCCAGGUUAGGCCAGAAGAUAAUCUCCGACCAGAAGGUGAAUUCUAUACUCCGGAAAAGCCAGGAUUCAGGCCAGCUGAAAGACCAGUACAGAAAAAACCACAGGACAACUUAAAGCCGGAAGGCGAAUUCGUGAAGCCUGAGAAACAAGUUUACAGGCCGGCCGAUAAAACUGAAAGAAUUAUUCGGAAAGAUAAUCUUCGUACGGAAGGAGAAAUGACGUUUGUAGAGAGGGAAGAAUAUCAAUAUGUGGUACGACCUGACCAGGUUAAACCAUUGGACAAUCUUAAGCCUGAGGGAGAAUUCUACAGUCCCGAGAAACCCAAGUACAAGCCCGGCGAAAGACCUUCCCAAGUUAGACCAGAAGAUAAUCUGAGGCCAGAGGGUGAAUUCUACACACCGGAAAAGCCAGGAUUCAGGCCAGCUGAAAGACCAGAGCAAAAGAAACCAGAGGACAACCUGAAACCCGAGGGAGAAUUCUACAGUCCGGAGAAACCUAAGUACAAGCCCGGCGAAAGACCUUCCCAAGUUAGACCAGAAGAUAAUCUGAGGCCAGAGGGUGAAUUCUACACACCGGAAAAGCCAGGAUUCAGGCCAGCUGAAAGACCAGAGCAAAAGAAACCACAGGACAACCUGAAACCCGAGGGAGAAUUCUACAGUCCCGAGAAACCCAAGUACAAGCCCGGCGAAAGACCUUCCCAAGUUAGACCAGAAGAUAAUCUGAGGCCAGAGGGUGAAUUCUACACACCGGAAAAGCCAGGAUUCAGGCCAGCUGAAAGACCAGAGCAAAAGAAACCAGAGGACAACCUGAAACCCGAGGGAGAAUUCUACAGUCCGGAGAAACCUAAGUACAAGCCCGGCGAAAGACCUUCCCAAGUUAGACCAGAAGAUAAUCUGAGGCCAGAGGGUGAAUUCUACACACCGGAAAAGCCAGGAUUCAGGCCAGCUGAAAGACCAGAGCAAAAGAAACCACAGGACAACCUGAAACCCGAGGGAGAAUUCUACAGUCCCGAGAAACCCAAGUACAAGCCCGGCGAAAGACCUUCCCAAGUUAGACCAGAAGAUAAUCUGAGGCCAGAGGGUGAAUUCUACACACCGGAAAAGCCAGGAUUCAGGCCAGCUGAGAGGCCAGAGCAAAAGAAACCACAGGACAACCUGAAACCCGAGGGAGAAUUCUACAGUCCGGAGAAACCUAAGUACAAGCCCGGCGAAAGACCUUCCCAAGUUAGACCAGAAGAUAAUCUGAGGCCAGAGGGUGAAUUCUACACACCGGAAAAGCCAGGAUUCAGGCCAGCUGAAAGACCAGAGCAAAAGAAACCAGAGGACAACCUGAAACCCGAGGGAGAAUUCUACAGUCCGGAGAAACCUAAGUACAAGCCCGGCGAAAGACCUUCCCAAGUUAGACCAGAAGAUAAUCUGAGGCCAGAGGGUGAAUUCUACACACCGGAAAAGCCAGGAUUCAGGCCAGCUGAGAGGCCAGAGCAAAAGAAACCACAGGACAACCUGAAACCCGAGGGCGAAUUCUACAGUCCCGAGAAACCCAAGUACAAGCCCGGCGAAAGACCUUCCCAGGUUAGGCCAGAAGAUAAUCUCCGACCAGAAGGUGAAUUCUAUACUCCGGAAAAGCCAGGAUUCAGGCCAGCUGAAAGACCAGUACAGAAAAAACCACAGGACAACUUAAAGCCGGAAGGCGAAUUCGUGAAGCCUGAGAAACAAGUUUACAGGCCGGCCGAUAAAACGGAAAGAAUUAUUCGGAAAGAUAAUCUUCGUACGGAAGGAGAAAUGACGUUUGUAGAGAGGGAAGAAUAUCAAUAUGUGGUACGACCUGAUCAGGUUAAACCAUUGGACAAUCUUAAGCCUGAGGGAGAAUUCUACAGUCCCGAGAAACCCAAGUACAAGCCCGGCGAAAGACCCUCCCAAGUUAGACCAGAAGAUAAUCUGAGGCCAGAGGGUGAAUUCUACACACCGGAAAAGCCAGGAUUCAGGCCCGCUGAGAGGCCAGAGCAAAAAAAACCAGAGGACAACCUGAAACCCGAGGGCGAAUUCUACAGUCCCGAGAAACCCAAGUACAAGCCCGGCGAAAGACCUUCCCAAGUUAGACCAGAAGAUAAUCUGAGGCCAGAGGGUGAAUUCUACACACCGGAAAAGCCAGGAUUCAGGCCAGCUGAGAGGCCAGAGCAAAAGAAACCACAGGACAACCUGAAACCCGAGGGAGAAUUCUACAGUCCGGAGAAACCUAAGUACAAGCCCGGCGAAAGACCUUCCCAAGUUAGACCAGAAGAUAAUCUGAGGCCAGAGGGUGAAUUCUACACACCGGAAAAGCCAGGAUUCAGGCCCGCUGAGAGGCCAGAGCAAAAGAAACCAGAGGACAACCUGAAACCCGAGGGCGAAUUCUACAGUCCCGAGAAACCCAAGUACAAGCCCGGCGAAAGACCUUCCCAGGUUAGGCCAGAAGAUAAUCUCCGACCAGAAGGUGAAUUCUAUACUCCGGAAAAGCCAGGAUUCAGGCCAGCUGAAAGACCAGUACAGAAAAAACCACAGGACAACUUAAAGCCGGAAGGCGAAUUCGUGAAGCCUGAGAAACAAGUUUACAGGCCGGCCGAUAAAACGGAAAGAAUUAUUCGGAAAGAUAAUCUUCGUACGGAAGGAGAAAUGACGUUUGUAGAGAGGGAAGAAUAUCAAUAUGUGGUACGACCUGAUCAGGUUAAACCAUUGGACAAUCUUAAGCCUGAGGGAGAAUUCUACAGUCCCGAGAAACCCAAGUACAAGCCCGGCGAAAGACCCUCCCAAGUUAGACCAGAAGAUAAUCUGAGGCCAGAGGGUGAAUUCUACACACCGGAAAAGCCAGGAUUCAGGCCAGCUGAAAGACCAGUACAGAAAAAACCACAGGACAACUUAAAGCCGGAAGGCGAAUUCGUGAAGCCUGAGAAACAAGUUUACAGGCCGGCCGAUAAAACGGAAAGAAUUAUUCGGAAAGAUAAUCUUCGUACGGAAGGAGAAAUGACGUUUGUAGAGAGGGAAGAAUAUCAAUAUGUGGUACGACCUGAUCAGGUUAAACCAUUGGACAAUCUUAAGCCUGAGGGAGAAUUCUACAGUCCCGAGAAACCCAAGUACAAGCCCGGCGAAAGACCCUCCCAAGUUAGACCAGAAGAUAAUCUGAGGCCAGAGGGUGAAUUCUACACACCGGAAAAGCCAGGAUUCAGGCCCGCUGAGAGGCCAGAGCAAAAGAAACCAGAGGACAACCUGAAACCCGAGGGCGAAUUCUACAGUCCGGAGAAACCUAAGUACAAGCCCGGCGAAAGACCUUCCCAGGUUAGGCCAGAAGAUAAUCUCCGACCAGAAGGUGAAUUCUAUACUCCGGAAAAGCCAGGAUUCAGGCCAGCUGAAAGACCAGUACAGAAAAAACCACAGGACAACUUAAAGCCGGAAGGCGAAUUCGUGAAGCCUGAGAAACAAGUUUACAGGCCGGCCGAUAAAACGGAAAGAAUUAUUCGGAAAGAUAAUCUUCGUACGGAAGGAGAAAUGACUUUUAUAGAGAGGGAAGAAUAUCAAUAUGUGGUACGACCUGACCAGGUUAAACCAUUGGACAAUCUUAAGCCUGAGGGAGAAUUCUACAGUCCCGAGAAACCCAAGUACAAGCCCGGCGAAAGACCUUCCCAGGUUAGGCCAGAAGAUAAUUUAAGGCCAGAGGGUGAAUUCUAUACUCCGGAAAAGCCAGGAUUCAGGCCCGCUGAGAGGCCAGAGCAAAAGAAACCAGAGGACAACUUGAAACCCGAGGGCGAAUUCUACAGUCCGGAGAAACCUAAGUACAAGCCCGGCGAAAGACCUUCCCAGGUUAGGCCAGAAGAUAAUCUCCGACCAGAAGGUGAAUUCUAUACUCCGGAAAAGCCAGGAUUCAGGCCAGCUGAAAGACCAGUACAGAAAAAACCACAGGACAACUUAAAGCCGGAAGGCGAAUUCGUGAAGCCUGAGAAACAAGUUUACAGGCCGGCCGAUAAAACGGAAAGAAUUAUUCGGAAAGAUAAUCUUCGUACGGAAGGAGAAAUGACGUUUGUAGAGAGGGAAGAAUAUCAAUAUGUGGUACGACCUGAUCAGGUUAAACCAUUGGACAAUCUUAAGCCUGAGGGAGAAUUCUACAGUCCCGAGAAACCCAAGUACAAGCCCGGCGAAAGACCCUCCCAAGUUAGACCAGAAGAUAAUCUGAGGCCAGAGGGUGAAUUCUACACACCGGAAAAGCCAGGAUUCAGGCCCGCUGAGAGGCCAGAGCAAAAGAAACCAGAGGACAACUUGAAACCCGAGGGCGAAUUCUACAGUCCGGAGAAACCUAAGUACAAGCCCGGCGAAAGACCUUCCCAGGUUAGGCCAGAAGAUAAUCUCCGACCAGAAGGUGAAUUCUAUACUCCGGAAAAGCCAGGAUUCAGGCCAGCUGAAAGACCAGUACAGAAAAAACCACAGGACAACUUAAAGCCGGAAGGCGAAUUCGUGAAGCCUGAGAAACAAGUUUACAGGCCGGCCGAUAAAACGGAAAGAAUUAUUCGGAAAGAUAAUCUUCGUACGGAAGGAGAAAUGACGUUUGUAGAGAGGGAAGAAUAUCAAUAUGUGGUACGACCUGAUCAGGUUAAACCAUUGGACAAUCUUAAGCCUGAGGGAGAAUUCUACAGUCCCGAGAAACCCAAGUACAAGCCCGGCGAAAGACCCUCCCAAGUUAGACCAGAAGAUAAUCUGAGGCCAGAGGGUGAAUUCUACACACCGGAAAAGCCAGGAUUCAGGCCCGCUGAGAGGCCAGAGCAAAAGAAACCAGAGGACAACCUGAAACCCGAGGGAGAAUUCUACAGUCCCGAGAAACCCAAGUACAAGCCCGGCGAAAGACCUUCCCAAGUUAGACCAGAAGAUAAUCUGAGGCCAGAGGGUGAAUUCUACACACCGGAAAAGCCAGGAUUCAGGCCCGCUGAGAGGCCAGAGCAAAAGAAACCAGAGGACAACCUGAAACCCGAGGGAGAAUUCUACAGUCCCGAGAAACCCAAGUACAAGCCCGGCGAAAGACCCUCCCAAGUUAGACCAGAAGAUAAUCUGAGGCCAGAGGGUGAAUUCUACACACCGGAAAAGCCAGGAUUCAGGCCCGCUGAGAGGCCAGAGCAAAAGAAACCAGAGGACAACCUGAAACCCGAGGGCGAAUUCUACAGUCCGGAGAAACCUAAGUACAAGCCCGGCGAAAGACCUUCCCAAGUUAGACCAGAAGAUAAUCUCCGACCAGAAGGUGAAUUCUAUACUCCGGAAAAGCCAGGAUUCAGGCCAGCUGAAAGACCAGUACAGAAAAAACCACAGGACAACUUAAAGCCGGAAGGCGAAUUCGUGAAGCCUGAGAAACAAGUUUACAGGCCGGCCGAUAAAACGGAAAGAAUUAUUCGGAAAGAUAAUCUUCGUACGGAAGGAGAAAUGACUUUUAUAGAGAGGGAAGAAUAUCAAUAUGUGGUACGACCUGACCAGGUUAAACCAUUGGACAAUCUUAAGCCUGAGGGAGAAUUCUACAGUCCCGAGAAACCCAAGUACAAGCCCGGCGAAAGACCUUCCCAGGUUAGGCCAGAAGAUAAUCUCCGACCAGAAGGUGAAUUCUACACUCCGGAAAAGCCAGGAUUCAGGACCGCUGAGAGGCCAGAGCAAAAGAAACCAGAGGACAACUUACGGCCGGAAGGAGACUUUUACAGUCCAGAAAAGCAACCUUACAGGCCUGGAGAACGUCCAACGCAAGUUCGACCUGAGGAUAAUUUGAGACCCGAAGGGAAAUUCUUUGCUCCAGAAAAGCCAGGAUAUAAGGCCGGAGACCGACCGGUACCUAAGAAACCCGUUGAUAAUCUAAAGACUGAAGGCGAGUUCUUUACUCCCGAUCGACCAAAAUAUCAACCAGCCGAUCGAGUAACUGUUGUAAGGCAGAAAGAUAACUUGAAGGUGGAAGGAGAAUUCUACGUUCAAGAAAAAGAGGUCUUUAAACCAGCUGAAAGGCCUAAACAGAAAAAACCUCAUGAUAACUUAAAACCAGAGGGCGAAAUGGUUAUACCGGAAAAGGGCAAAUAUAAGCCUGCCGAUAAGGUGACAAGAGUUAUUCAUAAGGACAACCUUCGUAGUGAAGGAGAAAUGACUUUCACGGAAAAAACUGAGUACCAUAAUGUUGUUAGACCCACCCCAGUGAAGCCAGAAGAUAACCUGCGGACCUCUGGAAAACUUUACGUACCUGAAAAGCCCGUUCAUACAAAUGGUGAACGCCCCGAGCCGGUUAAGCCUAAAGACAAUUUGAAACCAGAAGGUGUUAUGUAUACCCCGGAAAAACCGAAAUAUGAGCCCGCUUCCCGUCCAGAGCAGAAGAAGUAUGCCGACAACUUGAAACCUGAGGGUAAGAUGCACAUUCCCGAAAAGGAUGGGUACCGGCCUGCCGAUAAGGUGAAGACGGUUAUUAGAAAAGAUAAUUUAAGAACCGAGGGCGAAAUGACAUUCACCCAGAAGGAAGAAUACCAUCAUGUUAAACGACCGGAACAAGUAAAGCCAAGUGAUAACCUAAAAGUCGAAGGUGAAUUCUAUACACCCAAUAAAACUUCCUUUACACCCGCCGAGCGACCAGUUCAAAAGAAACCAAAAGACAAUCUUAAGCCGGAAGGAGAAUUUUAUAAGAGAACAGACCGAAGCGAGACCGAUAGCAAGAUGGUUACAGAAACCAUUAAGAGAGAAACGCCAAAACGUCCUGUUGACAAUCUUAAGCUAGAAGGGUCUAUGACAGUGACCAGAAGAAAUGAUUAUAAAUCUACGGCGAACACAACGGUUGACAAAGUACAACGUACUCAAAAAAUUAACCACAAUAGUUCAUCUAUUACUUUGGGAAGUGACACAACAAUCCGAAAAACAACAAAUCAGAUGAACUAUGUUUCUGGCAAGGACGCUGUCAAACAAGUCGAUUCGAAUGGCCAAAAUCCGGUUGAUGGUCUCAUUGUUGUAUCUACAACAAAGGUAACUACUGUCAUAGGAGGGCGUCAUAAGAAGGAACCAGAAACCGAGUAUGUCAAGAGGCCCGCUAAGAUAAACGUAAUAGAAAAUGUUGCGAAAAAUACCACAACGACAAAUAUCGAAAACACUCAAAACAUCCAUAAGGAAUCCACGUCCUUGCAAAGAAAUCAAAAGGUCAUUAAAGGUACGGAAAUUAUUACGGGUACGGAUGUAUCCAGUACCGCUAUUGAAUCUAAUCGUAGUCAUUUAACCGACAAGAACACUGGCGACAUAAGCUCAAAAGUUAUUUCCGGUGGCUCAGUCUCUAAUAACGUAACGGGUGAAACAUCGUCUCGCGUAAUUUCUGGCAGAAAUGUUACGUCUAAUAUAACUGAGAAUUCGACUUCACGCGUGAUGUCUGGCAGAAACGUAUCGAGUGAUGCAUUUGGCGAAACCACCACUCGUGUUGUAUCCGGAAGAUCGGCCGCCAAUAACAUUACCGGCGAUACAACAAGCCGGGUUCUGUCUGGAAGCACAGUUGGACAUAACAUCAGCGAAGAUUCAACAUCGCGAACCGUCUCAGGGGGUAGAAGUUCUGCCAACAAUAUUGUGACUGGUAGCACAUCCUCGCACAUGACCACUUCAAAGCAUUUCCAUCAUCGAAAGAGCGAAUUCUCGUCAGAAGCCGACGUCUCCAAUACGGUCUUCCAUCGCAAGAACGUAACCACCGAUUCGAAUACAGCCAAUGGCAGCCUGACGUCCAAUGGCAAGAUGCAGCGCAAGAGCAUACUGAAUCUACACGAGCAGCCAUCGAGCACCACCACCUAUGGUGGCGAGCGUCAGAGUUACAGCAGCAUCCAUCGCCAAAAUCGAGACUCUGACGCAAAUGCAACUUUUUCGACCGAGCGUCGUACGUGCAACGUGCACAAAGAGAACAGGGAGCAGACUGUGAAGAACUCAUCCUCAAUGACCCGCAUCAUUUCUGGUGGAACCAGCGGUUCGAAUGCCGAACGAUCAACGGUGACACGCAGCCAUGUUUCGGGUGGUGGCGGCAUUGAUUUUUCGUCUCAAUCACAUUCCCACACCGGAAGCCAUACCAGCCGACAUCGAGGAGGAAAUCAGCAGGUGUCCAGCUUGGGCGGUGGCAUCGAUUUCCCCUCCUACAGUGCCCAUGGCCAUGGCGCCGAGCGUGUGGUAACCCGUCGAGGAAAUCAGUCCUCAAUUAGUCUGGGCAAUGAAAAGUUUACCGGCUCCAGUUUGUACAAGAGCGAAUAUAUAACUGCCCCAAAAACGACGUGUGCUGUGCAUAAGAUUAAACAAGGUGCAUUCCAACAUACAAGAAGUACUCAAGAACAUAAGUUCUUCAAGACCUCAAACUAACACAGCCCGACUACGAGUAUAUUAUACAUAUCCUUUGCUUUACUAAUACAGAAAACCCAUAUUAAUGUUAUCAUAAGCUUCCAUGACAAUAUACGUUUUAUAAAAUAUACAAACCAAUCCGAAAAUGAAUAUUAACAAUAAAGACAACAUUCUU